AUGGUUCUUAUGAAACAGAGACUCAGAUCAAAACUAUGGAGGCCAGGAAUGGACAAAGAUAUUGAAAAGUUCUGUAAGGAGUGUUACAGUUGUCAGCUUGUUGGUCAGAGUCAGAAGUCUGAACCAAUGAAAAGGCGUGAAUUACCAUCACAACCUUGGGAACAUUUGAGUGCAGAUUUCCUAGGUCCAUUGCCAUCGGGACAUAAUCUUCUGGUCAUUGUGGACUACUACUCGAGAUGGGUUGAAAUAUUUGUACUGAAAACUAUUACAUCGUAUAAGAUAAUCCAGUGUUUCAAGCGAUUGUUUGCAGUACAUGGUCUGCCUAUUGCGAUUCAGACUGACAACGCACAAAAUUUCAACAGCAGGGAGCUGAACAAAUUAGAUUCAAGCGACGCUCAUGAUCAAAAUAAGUCUGUUAAGUCUAGUUCUCAGUUAGAAACAAGUUUCAGUGAAGAAAAUAUUGAAAGUUCAUUUGAAAAUGUUGAAAAUUCACAUGAAAAUGGAGAAAACUCAGAUUCAGUAAUUUCUGGAGAAAGGGAGUUACUUGGACCUGUAAGAGUGAAGAGUGCGAGUCUUGUUUUACAUGGUACCAUGCCGUUUGCCAAAAUAUCACUGAUAGCAUGUAUGACUGACUGGGAAAUGACUCGAGCAUGGGGGUUUAGAAAUGCCUAA